GUUUACAUUUCCAGAAGAGUGAACCUCUAAGUUGUUCUCUGCCUCUGGAUCCAUGCUUCCUGCUGUGCUUUGUGUUUUGUAUUGAUUUAUGGAAACGAUGAUCUCAAUGCUGGUGCUUCUGAUCAUGACAGAAGGAUCUGGGAGUUCUAGUUUUCCAGUGACUUUUGAAAAUCAGGAUCCUUGUGCUGUAAAGGGAUCUUCAGUGGAGUUCAGGUGCUCGUACAGCUACAAAGAUGGGGAAACGGUUAGAAAGACUGCGUGGUACAAAGGGAAAUUAAUAGAUGGCAUCUGGAAACGUGUUCUGCUUUCACAUCUGCCUUCAUAUGAAAAUCGUACUGAAUAUCUUGGUGACCAGCAACAUGACUGCAGCCUUGCAAUUCAUGACCUGCAGGACAAUGACACUGGAUAUUACUACUUCAGGUUUGAUACGGACACAUAUGGAUGGCGUAGUAAAAAUUCGGUGUAUCUGUCUGUCACAGAGCUGAUGGCCAACGUGUAUCCAGAGAGAGUGAGAGCAGGAGACAAUGUGACUCUUGAAUGUGAAGCAUCCUGCCAACUUUCUGGCACCGUCUGGUUCAGAGACGGACACCCAGUAGCCAAACCAGAGUUCUCGGCUCAGGCAGAAGAUUCUGGAAAUUACUUAUGUGCCGUCCAAGGACAGGAGUCAGUGCACUCUGAGCCUGUGGCUCUGGAUGUUCAGUAUCCUCCAUUUAAUGUUUCCAUCGAGGUGAGUCACCCUGGCCGUCUGGCAGAGGGCAGCAGUGUGAAUUUGACCUGCACCAAUGCAGCUAACCCUGCAGCAGACAGCUACACCUGGUCCUGGGGUUAUGUGUCCAGCUCCAGCUCCAUGCUGCAGGUGGGCUCAGGACAGGUGCUGUCUCUUCUCUCUGUGGAGGCGUCCCACACCGGACUCUACCUCUGCCAGGCCAAGAACAGUGUGGGGGAGAACAACUCAACUGAGGUGCUGCUGACAGUGUAUCAAACAGACAUUUGGAACAACCGUUUCAUCCUCCUUAUUUGUAUUGGAGUCAAAGUUGUUACUGUGCUCUUGCUUCCGCUGGUUAUUGUCUGGGCUUGGAGGAAACGACAUAAUUCUGCUGUGGAUGAAAAGGAUGAGGACAGCCAUGAUUAUGAAAACAUCAGCCACAUCCAAAUGGGUAAAACCAGCAACAAUAAAAAAACAAAACAGGAUUACACAUAGGGAAAUGUCUGUUUAAAGAAACUACAGAACCAUGAUGCCAUUUGAUUACACCAAAUACACAACUUGGCUCUCUGGCACAGGAAUGUCUGUGGUUUGUUUGUUGCCUCGAGCUCAACUGAGCUCAACCAAAAACAGCUGGACUUAGAGCUGAGCAGCAAGUUUGUCUGCUUGAAAAAUGCAGCUGCACCUCUCACUCCUUCCCGCCUCUGUCCAUGUCAUCCCUGAUUUGAAUGUGGCCUUUGUUGCCGUGACUGUAGCAGUCAGUGUAGUAGUAACAAUUGUAUCAUUAUUACUAUCAGUCGUAGCUCUCCCGGCUGAAUGUGCUUGAUAUAUAUUUAUUAUGACAGUGUUUUAUGCCACUAUGUUACAUUCAUAAUUGUGAUAUAUUCAAAAGUAUUACUUCCAUUUUGAAAAGUGUGUCUGGUCUGAAAAUAGAGCUGUUGGACUCGUCUCAGUGGUGUGAAUGGUGCAGCAGACUGAGUCCAGAAUCAAAGCAGGAUAUGCUGCCCCCCUCAGUUUCAGACACACAUGUACAUUAUGCUAUGCUAAAUGUCUUGUUACCUUCAGUCUAACAACUUGUAUUAUUUACAUAAUUAAUCUCAACCUGAGUCUUUUCUAAGGCUGGGGUUCAGGCUGGUGGUUAAGGUUUAAUAAUUUUUGAUAUUUACUUUUUUGAUUUGUUGUAAUCAGUGUUUACUGUUCAAUAAUCUUACUUUGCACCUUCUGAUGAAAACUACUGAAACACAUUUCACACCUGCUGCAUGUAGAAGAGCUGCCAUUUGCUGCUGUAAUAUGUAUGUAAAUAAUAUUUUUAUAAGGCAUAUUGUCAUGACGUCUUGAUUCUAGA